GCGCGGAGAUUCGCACGCGGACGGGGCGGGCGUGCGUCGUGGGCAUGCGCCUUGCGGGACUAGACGGAGGCUCGGUGGGGUCACCCGAGCGCAGGCGCAGUGCGGUGUUUGUCUGCCGGACUGACGGGCGGUCCGGCGGUGCGCGGUGGCAGCGGCGGCGGGGAAGAUGGCGGCGUCUUCCCUGGAGCAAAAGCUGUCUCGCCUGGAAGCAAAGCUGAAGCAGGAGAACCGUGAGGCCCGGCGGAGGAUCGACCUCAACCUGGAUAUCAGCCCCCAACGGCCCAGGCCCAUUAUUGUGAUCACUCUAAGCCCUGCUCCUGCCCCGUCCCAGCGAGCAGCCCUGCAGCUUCCCCUGGCCAAUGAUGGAGGCAGCCGCUCACCAUCCUCAGAGAGUUCCCCGCAACACCCUACGCCACCCGCCCGGCCACGCCACAUGCUGGGGCUCCCGUCCACCUUGUUCACACCCCGCAGCAUGGAGAGCAUUGAGAUUGACCAGAAGCUACAGGAGAUCAUGAAGCAGACGGGCUACCUGACCAUCGGGGGCCAGCGCUACCAGGCAGAGAUCAAUGACCUGGAGAACCUUGGCGAGAUGGGCAGCGGUACCUGCGGCCAGGUGUGGAAGAUGCGCUUCCGUAAGACCGGCCACAUCAUUGCCGUCAAGCAAAUGCGGCGCUCGGGGAACAAGGAGGAGAACAAGCGCAUUCUCAUGGACCUGGAUGUGGUGCUCAAGAGCCACGACUGCCCCUACAUCGUGCAGUGCUUCGGGACCUUCAUCACCAAUACGGAUGUCUUCAUUGCCAUGGAGCUCAUGGGCACGUGCGCCGAGAAGCUUAAGAAGCGCAUGCAGGGCCCCAUGCCGGAGCGCAUCCUGGGCAAGAUGACAGUGGCGAUCGUGAAGGCGUUGUACUACCUGAAGGAGAAGCACGGGGUAAUCCACCGCGAUGUCAAGCCCUCUAACAUCCUGCUGGAUGAGCGGGGCCAGAUCAAGCUCUGUGACUUUGGUAUCAGUGGCCGCCUGGUGGACUCCAAGGCUAAGACCCGGAGCGCUGGCUGCGCAGCCUACAUGGCGCCCGAGCGCAUCGACCCCCCAGACCCAACCAAGCCCGACUACGACAUCCGGGCUGAUGUGUGGAGCCUCGGCAUCUCUCUGGUGGAGCUGGCUACAGGACAGUUUCCCUACAAGAACUGCAAGACGGACUUCGAGGUCCUCACCAAGGUCCUGCAGGAGGAGCCCCCGCUCUUGCCCGGGCACAUGGGCUUCUCAGGGGACUUCCAGUCCUUCGUUAGAGACUGCCUUACUAAAGAUCACAGGAAGAGACCAAAGUAUAAUAAGCUACUUGAACACAGCUUCAUCAAGCGCUAUGAGACACUCGAGGUGGACGUGGCGACCUGGUUCAAGGACGUCAUGGCGAAGACCGAGUCCCCGCGGACUAGCGGAGUUCUGAGCCAGCCCCACCUGCCCUUCUUCAGGUAGCCGUGUGGCGGCGGCCAGCCCCACCAGGCCAGGGGCAUGGCCACCGGCCUCUUCCUGCUCUGGCCUCCCAGCUGCCCGCCAGGGGAGCCCCAGGACCUGGAUGGCCACCGAGGGCUGAGGACAGAAGUUGGGAGGUGUCCACCACCCCGAUGCUCUGCCCCCAGCUGUGGACACAUAGGCCUGCCGGGCUUCAGCCCUUCCUGCUCCCGGUCAGCCAGCCGUGCGCUACCUGGACAGACACUGUGAACGGCAGACAGCAGGCCGCCCGCAGACUCACUAUUUAUUCAGUUGUAACCUCUGGGCUGGGGCGGCCCUUGCCAGGAGAGGCCCCCUUGCCCCGUGCCCCUGCCCCCACUCGCUCGCUCUCUCUCCCACUGCCUUCCCUUCAGCGGCUGGCUUUCCCAAUUCUCCUGGCCCAGGCCUGGGCUCAGCCAGCCUAGCCGCUUGUCAGAGCCCAGGGUCUGCCUCAGUUUCCUCCAGUCCUUGGCAGGAGAGAAUGGCACUCUUGGACUGUAGCUGGCCUGGGACUGGUUUCUCUCUUUUUCUCUUUGAUCUCAGGGGGUCUUUUUUGGAGUUUAUUAUAGUAUCCUACUUGGUGGGGUGUUUUGGGGAGGGGAGAGGAGAGCUCGUCCUCUUGGGGUGUGUUGGUACCUUCAGAAACUUUUACCAAAGUCACGUAUAGCUGCUUUUGGUGGGGUGCCCACCAGCUGCCCUCGGGCAUUGGGGGACAGGGGUUGGGGCUGGGCCACUGCUCCUUGUCAGCUGCCCACCUGAGAGGCCCAGGGUGGUGAGGCUCCAGGGCACCGCCUCCUGGGGCUGAAGGCUGGGUGCAGCGCAGCUCAGGGUGAGCUGAAGCGCUCAGGUCGGGGAAAGGGGGCCUAGGUGCAGGGAGCUCUGGGGAAGCUGGGCGAGUGGCAUGGCAGGUGGCGAGGAAGCGGCUGGAAGGACUUGGAGAUUGUGAGGGUGGGGUGAGGAAGUGGGUGAGGGCUGAGGGGAGCAGGUGUGUAGGUCUGAGCAUGUGUGAUAGCGACAGGGCGGACGGGAAUGAGGUGGCUUCCCCCACUGUGGAUCCAGUGCCCUUCAGUUUCCCUGGAGCGGGCUGCCAGCCCCAGCCUGCCCGGGAAGGACCCAGUGUCCACCCAAGGGGGCCUGCUACUGUGGCUGAGCAGGAAAGAGUGUGUUUCUUUUUUGUUGGUAAUGCAUGCAAAUCAAGAGGACAAGAAAACAAAAAAAAACAAAAAAAAAAUAUAUAAAACCACAAAAACCAACGCCAAAGGUGAGGAACCUUGCUGGAUGUAGCUGAAGCAACAUAGGCGUAGAUGACACUAUGGCCUGUUACCUAUCUUACUGUUACUCCUACUAUAUUCACAAUGCCGCAUGUUUAAAAUGUAAUCAAGGUCGUCUUCUCUACCUGGAGAAGCCACCUUCUGCUCCCAUCUCCUUUGUGAGGGGGUGGGGUCGACCCAGCGAAAGGCCUUGGAGGGUCACUGGAAGGUUGCUCUGCUGGUCCCAGGGCCAGCUCUGGCCUGAGGCUGGGCUGCCUGGUUUCCUUUUUAUUUAACUUUAUUUCCUUUGGUGUGAGUGUGUCUGCCCAACCCCCACCCUUCAGUGUUAAAUGGGAGCCUGGGGGGACCCUCUUCUGCCUCCCUCCUUUCCAAGAUCUCCCCUGUCACCAGCCAUCCCUCUGGACCAGGCAGAGGGCAACGGGUCGGCAGCGGCCUGAGGUGGCCUGGCCCAGUGUGCUGGCCUAUGGACCCUCACGCCGCCAGUAUUGCUCUGUCCCUUUUUAAAACAAGAUGCCCUCGUUUGUAACUCCGUAGAUGCUUGAGAAUAAAGCCCCUCCCUUUUUGUCCGA